UUGAAAGCUUUAGCCCGAGCUUACUUUGAGGAGGCCAGAUGGUUCAAUGAAGGAUACACCCCAACCAUGGAGGAGUAUCUACCUGCUGCAAUAGUUUCUACUGGUUACCACAUGCUUUCAACUGUAUCCUUACUUGGCAUGGGAGAUAUUGUAACAAAAGACACAUUUGAGUGGCUGUUCAGUGACCCAAAAAUUGUUAGAGCUUCCGCGGCCAUUUGUAGGUUAAUGGACGAUAUUGUGACAAACAAGUUUGAGAAAGAGAGAGGCCAUGUUGCUUGUACUAUUGAUUGCUACAUGAAGCAAUAUGGGGUGUCGGAGCAAGAGGCAGUUGAUGCUUUGAACAAGCAAGUGGUGGAUCAGUGGAAGGACAUAAACGAGGAGUUUCUUAGACCAACUGCAGCGCCAAUGGCUGUCCUAAUAAGAGCUCUUAACUUUGCAAAAGUGAUGGAUCUCCUUUACAAAGGUGACGAUGGCUACACGCGUGUUGGUAAGGUGGUGAAGGAUAAGAUUGCUUCACAUUUUAUUGAUCCAGUGCCAAUUAUAUGAGUCUUUUUUUUAUGUCAGACUGGCUUUCGGUCUUUGCACAAAUAAGAGAGGGACCUCUAUGCUUUGAGUUAGGUCCCUGCCAAUAAUGUAUGGUUAUUGAUUAGAUUUUAGCCCUUAUUGGGAGAGAGGGGCUCUGGGGGCUUGAACUUUUUUUAAAUGUGUAAUAAUGUUUAUCCUACAUGCAUCAAUGAAAAACAUAAACCGACACUACUUGGGUCCUGAAUGUUGAGGAUUGUAUCUUUUCCUUUUUU